AUGCCUCCAAAGUUCGAUCCUAGUGAAGUUAAGUACCUCUACUUGAGAGCCACCGGUGGUGAAGUUGGUGCCUCCUCCGCCUUGGCCCCAAAGAUUGGUCCAUUGGGUUUGUCCCCAAAGAAGGUCGGUGAAGACAUUGCCAAGGCUACCGUUAAGUUCAAGGGUAUCAAGGUUACCGUCUGCUUGAAGAUUCAAAACAGACAGGCCACCGCCUCCGUUGUUCCAUCUGCCUCCUCCCUUGUCAUUACUGCCUUGAGAGAGCCACCAAGAGACAAGAAGAAGGAAAAGAACAUCAAGCACUCUGGUAACGUUGCUUUGGAAGAGAUCAUUGACAUUGCCAGACAAAUGAGAGAAAAGUCUUUCGGUAAGAACUUGGCUUCCGUCACUAAGGAAAUCUUGGGUACCGCUCAGUCUGUCGGCUGUCGUGUUGAGGGUAAGAACCCACACGACAUCAUUGAAGCUAUUGACGCUGGUGAAAUCGACGUCCCAGAAAACUAG